AGUGAAUAGAGGUUUGCUAAUUCUUUUAUGUACUUAUCAAUUACUCAUCUUUUUGUAUUUCGCUAGUUGCUAUUUUAACAAGUGUUUAUCUUUUUUGGAUUUUUUAUUAUUAAAUUGCCUUAUUUUAAUAUAGCCUCAAUGUUACCAAUUGCCCUCCUAAAUAUAUGAGAAUUAGCAUGCGCAGAUUUACAAAUGCCUCUCAAACAAAUCCGCACGUAUAGAAAACAAAAAGCGAGGAAGAUAAAUAGAAUGAAAUAUAGACAGUGAAUAACCUGCCGAUAGAAGGAUCACAUUGAGAGAAGUAAAUACUGUAUUGUUGAUGAUCUGCUGGCAAUAUAAAUAUUGUCAGCAGAAAAUUCGGUUACAGUAUACGUAUGGAAGUAGUCGUGUGUCUAUAUUUUAGUCGAACAUAAAGGUGCGCGCAGCCAUAAGAGGUGGAAAUUGCAACGUGUGUGCGUCUGUCCGUGAAUGCGUGCGUACGUCUCGUGCAAUCUUUUGCAGUCUCGUGCCUCUCUCUUUCUCCUCUCGUUCUCUCGCUUUCUCGGCGCUUCCUCGGGGAAGAUGAUGGCGGCGCGCGAGUAGUUUUCGCUCCUCUACUGUCUCACUGGCUCUGAUGGCCUGCUAUAUACAGGCGCGUGGCCAAAUUCGCUAACAGCAACACACAUUCGUGUGUAACAGAAAGAGAGAGAGAGAGAGAGAGAGCGGCUGCGGCUGGCGUUUGUGUGUGUGUGUGCAUGUGUGUGUAUGUGUGUGCGGGUGACUGCAAGUGCACGAUAUAGACAUAGACAAGAAGCUUGAGGUGCAAGUCGAGCUGCGCGACUCCGGUCCGGUGUGAUCAGCCUCGUCGUCGUGGCUAUCCUCGCGAGCGUCGCGCUCGCGCGCGUCAACUUCUUCGUUCGUACCUUUGCCCUGGAGUCUUCACCACCGUCAUCGUUAGCACUGCUGUUCUUCAUUGAUAGUAAAGACCAUUGCAUCCUGGCCUCACUGGAAACUGGCCAAGGAAUAUGAAGAGAAGAAAUGCCGAGUGCGGCAAGCUCCGGAGGCCCUUAAAGCGUAAUAAGAUCACUGAUGGAAUCUACGGAAGCACAUUGUUAUAUUUGAAAUUUUUUCUGCUAUGGGCCAUGGUGAUAUUAGCAGACUUUAUUUUAGAAUUCCGCUUUGAAUUCUUAUGGCCGUUCUGGCUACUACUUCGAAGUGUUUAUGAUUCAUUUAAAUACCAAGGCUUGGCCUUUUCUGUGUUCUUUAUUUGUAUUGCACUAACAUCGGAUACAAUAUGUUUCUUAUUUAUUCCUAUACAUUGGCUAUUCUUUGCAGCCAGUACAUAUGUUUGGGUGCAGUAUGUUUGGUACACAGAUAAAGGUGUCUGCUUACCAACUGUGAUGUUGUGGUUACUGUUUCUGUACAUAGAAGCAGCUGUACGAUUAAAAGAUCUACGUCACAUGCCAUUUCAUUUAGACCUCUGUAGGCCAUUUGCAGCUCAUUGCAUUGGCUAUCCAGUAGUAACGUUAGGCUUUAAUUUUAAAACUUAUGUUGGAUAUAGAAUAAGACAGAGAAAACAAAAAGAUGUGGCAAAAGAGAAUGAAUUUUAUGUACAACUUCUACAGCAAGCGCUGCCUCCAGAACAGCAAACAGUUAACUUGCAACAGCAAACACAACUACAUAUGCAAUUGCAAGCACAAAUAUCUACUUUAAUGGUAGAACAAAGUUCGAAAUUACAGUCACAUAGGUCAAAUCAUCAAUAUAAUCCAAGUCCUGAAAAAAGCAGAGAUACAAGUUUGCAAAAUGGAGGGAUUCAGAGUAAUACACAAAUGUCACCACAAGCACAAAAUGCAAGUAAAAAUAAUCAGAAAAAAUCUCUUGAAAGGGGGGAAAAACAGGAGGACCAACACAAUAAACAUAUUGUUGAAAAAUCGUUACAAUCAGAAAAGAAUGAUAAAAAGUAUUCACACACAAACGGCACUGCUGUACAUUCUCAUGAAUUACAAUUUAUAGAGAGAAUUAGUUCUGUAAAUGAUUUUAAUAUAAAUGAAAUCGAAAAAGAUAAGUCUGUCAAAAAUUCAAGUCAUAAUACUGUUAAAUCACAAUCCAACGGCUCAACAACUGGCAAAUGGAGUAAUGCGAAAGAAAAUAAAGAUACGACAAAUGCGACGAAUAAUCAACGAGAAAGAAAAGAUAGACGACAAGCUAAAGUAAUGGCUGAAAAUGUAAACGAACAACAAAAGCAAGAUGAAUAUUGUCAAAGGCUACUUUUGUGUCGUAAACUUGAGUCCGAUAUCAAACGUUUGAAGUCAGAUCUGCAGUCAAGUAGACAAACUGAACAAGAAUUGCGAUCGCAGAUCAACACUUUAUUAAAUGGCGAACGACAAGCUAAAGAUGAUAUUCAACAAUUACAACAUGACAAUGAUCAGUUACAGAGCAAGUUGCAAGGACUUGUAUCAGCUCGUCAACUGGACAAACAGACUAUGUCGUCAUUGGAGCGACGAAUAGCUGAUGAAAGAAGGCAGCGCACAGCCUGCGAAGCAUCUUUAGCUUCUGAACGAAGAGCGCGGAGGGCCGCCGAAGAAGCACGUAUAGUUCCACCUCCGCCGCCACUUAUUCGGCACGAAUGUACUGAUAUGUGUAAAAAUCGUAGAGCUCAAAUAGAACAGGAUCUCAAAAGCUUACGCCGAGAAUUAAAAGUUAAAGAAGAGAGGUGCAUAGCUUACGAAAAAGAAACGGUUCGCUGUAAAGAAAAUCAUGGUGAAUCGGAAAUCAUACUCGGAGCUCUCAAUGCAUUGCAAGAUAAAAAUACUCAUUUGGAGAAUAGUUUAAGUGCAGAGACGCGUAUUAAACUGGAUCUCUUUUCAGCACUUGGCGAAGCCAAGCGUCAACUAGAAAUUAAGGAUAGCCUAAUACGAUCACACGAAAAGGAGAUCGACGUUUUAAAGGCAAAAAUAGCACAAGACUUAGCUGUUAUGCCACAGGAUUCGUUUGGUUCAACCCCAACAUGUACUACAUCAAAGCUUCGACUUGGCAACGAUGUUCGUUGACACUCUUCCAUGACUUGGAACGAUCGACAUCAACAAUUCUUCGAAUCUUACGCAUCGUUUCAAAAUUUGAACCGUAGUCUACUAAGUGUAAUCUGCAAAUAAUUUGACUUUAAUUUUAGAUUCUGCAGUGAACAAAGUGAUUUUGUGAUCGUUAAAUAAAAAUGUUUGGGCUGCGCUUAUGAUAUUUGGCGUAAUAAGCAAAACAAUUAAUCAUAGUUUUAUUGUUAAAAACCUGGUAAAAUUUAUAAGUUGUUAUAAGGUGAUCACGGCCAACGUGAAAAUUUUGUAUGUGAUAUAUUUACUAGCUUCUCCCAGGUUUUUAUUUGAUUAGGUUGUUAAUUUAAUAAUCGUUUAGAAAAACUCAUGUUACUGCAUUUGUCCAUCUAUAGCAUUUUCACAUGACAAUUAACAUGCAACACGAUGUUAUGACAUCGAAACUACAACUAGUCAAAUCUAACAAAGUUUUGCAAGCACAAAUAUUAUUAGGAUACGUCAAAUGAAAAACUUCCCAUUUUUACUGGCAAGAUAACUGUUGACAUGUUAUCCAUUUAGAAUUAUAAUUCAUCAAAAUAUUUGUUUGUAUAAUUUAUUAUAACACUUAUUUUUUUAUCGAUAGUCAAAAGCGCUUAUAAUAUAUUUUAAGGAAAAUUUCUCUUUUUAGCAUUUGUAAAUCAAAAUCAGCAAAGUAUCAUGCGCAACAUUGCCAUAUCUCGAGUCAAAAAUAUAAGUUCAAAACUCGUUAUUCAUUCUCAGGUCAACAAUGCCAUAAAUUAUCUGAUUUUUCUCCUUACUAAGCACACGUACCGUCAGACUGAAGACUUGCAUAUUACGACUCGUAAAUAAUUAUACGUUCAGUACAACAAAUUGAAAAGCGAGGUUUGCGAAUUCAUGAAAAACUUAUACGUCUGUGAGCGUGCACCUUUUUUGAUAAAAAACAGUGGAAAUAAUAGGCAGAUGCAGACUUAUUUUUCUAUUUUCUAAAUAAUAAUGAUACCCGGCGAUACGAUAAGAUGUUAAAAGUUAUAAAAACCAAGAAUAAGUAAAAGCAAAAAAGAAAAUGUAAUUUGAUUUAUAAUGAAUCACGAAAGUUUAUAACAUCAUUCAUUCAUUUUUUUAUAAAAAAGCUGUAGAAUUCAAUGAAGAGAUUUACGUAAAGGUAUUUGCGAGGCGCAAUCACGCAAAAGUACAAGGUUGUUAUUGUAAAAUAAGAAUUUGUUUCCUAUUAGUUUGUUGUAAGUUCAAGGAAUGUACGUAUAGCGUUUAUUAUAUCAAAAGAACUGUUAAGAAUGUAUGAUGGCACAAAUUCGUUAAACAAAAUAAUACAGUACGUAAUGUAAUUGUACUUGCAGUCACUUUUAUUUAAAAACAGAAUAUUCAAAAUAAUUUAAAUUUCCAAUUUUACUGACAUCACUAAGUUUUAUGUAAUUUAUAUACAAUUUUUGAACUCUCUUGGUUUUUAUUUUGUAUUGAAAUUUUGUGAUAUAGUUGUUACAUAUCGCCUUGUAAAUACUAUUUUUUUUUCGAAAUCUAUUUUGGUUUGUUUAACUUGACUGCAAUUACAGAUACUACGUAUUAAUUUUUUAAUAACAAUUUUUAUUAGUAUUUAUAAAAAUCAUUAUCAGUACUUAAUUCUUAUUAUUUUUUCGAAUUAUUUAAUUUAGGCUGGGUCCGUUUCGUACGAAUUCUAUACAAUUUUAUUCGCCACGAAUUUUUUAAUUUUGUUUAUGUAAUAUAAUGGUUUUUUUAAUCGAACAGAAAACAUAUAAUAGUAAGAAAAAAUAAGAUACUCAUAAAUAAAUAUUUCAAAGAAUUGUCCGUUUAAAAUCUUCCCAUUAUUAAAAAGGAUCAAAUAAACAAUUAUAUCGCGUACAAUAUUUGGCGGUAAUUAACCAUUAAUUAAUUUUUCCUAAAAAAAAUAUGAUUUCAAAUAAGAUUUCAUUUUUUAAGAAAAUAGUCUUAUCUUUCGUGUUCAAUAGAAAAGUAUCAAGUUAAAUAAACAAAAUAAAAAAAUUCGUGUUUAAUAAAAUCAAUAUCUUUAUGAAAAGAACCUAGCUUUUAAAUAUUUGACACUUAUUUAUCAUUGUUUUUAUAUACAUACGUAUUUAUUACUUUUUAAUCUUUUUUACCUUCAAUACAGCGAUCGUACAUACAGAUUUGGAAUCUCAGUAAUUAUUUUCUUCCUUCGAAAAAUUGAAAAGACUAAAAUAAUUAUUAGAAUUAGUAAUUUAUUUUUUAAUCAUAAUCAUUUAUAUAAUUUAUUAUGUUUAUUUAUUAUAUUCGAAUAAAUUUUAUGUAAAAAUCCUUGAAGAUAUUGAGUAAUGCGUCAAAUUUCUUCUAAUUGUUUAAUUUGACCAAGAUAUUUCUAAAAGUAACGUAAAAUUUUUUGUAUCAAUUAACUAAUAUACUAUUUUAUUAAUAAUAAAAUAAAAUGAAAAAAUGAACGAGGAAGAAAAACGUGAAUACAAGUUAUUUUAUUGCAACAAUUCUCUAUCAAAUUGAAAACUGCAUUAUAUUCUUUCUACAAAGAAUGACAUAUCGAACAUGAAAACUAUUAUAAUUUAUUUAUAUACAUUAAGCUGUAAGACAUAUUUAAAAUUUCUACUAAAUAAAGAUUGCUAAAUAUAUAAACAUUAGUGCAAAUAUCAAAUUGGCACUUAAACAUAGAAAAUUGAGCACUUGAUCUAUUGUUUUAAUUACUGGAAAAAAUUUGAUUUUCAAUGCUACCAAUAAUUUUCAUUGAAUUGAAUCGAUCGAUGAACGCUUUUAAUUAUAUUGUACUUAUGUGAUUAUUCUUAAUUAGAUGUAAGUUUAUAGCAAUACAAAUUGCUCAAGUUGAUCUCAGAUUGCGCAGAUUGCCCUCGCAAAUUUAUUUGCAAGUACCUACAUUGAAUUAGAAAAAUGCAAUCCAAUGUGAAAUUAAAUAAAUACAUAUGAUAACACACGAUCGCCUCUUUUGAUUUUUAGCGACACUUGGAAAAUAGGCUUUACAAAAAUGGGUCAACUUGAAUACAUAUUUUUUUGAUAUAUAAUUUAAAUAUUCAGUCGUGAUGACAAUGUUUUCAUAUUUAAUUGCGACUUAAUUAUUACUUUCGUCAAUCGUAUGUACAUACAAAUAAAAACUUUCAUUAUUAAAGUUACAUUGUUGUUUAAAAUAAAUGCUUUAAAUUUGAAACAACUCUUAGGCUGAGUAAAAAAAACUGUUAUUUUUUUUUCUAUUAAAUUACAAUUUUCAAUCUAUUUACUUUAUUUAAUUAUACAAAUACUUAUUAACGCGAUAUGCAACUAAAGUAUUCUUAUUAUUUAUAAUAGAAAAUUCUUGUAGAUUAAUUUCAGACUUUAGUUAAUAAAUAUUUCAAUCAAUUUAUAAUAAUCUUUUUCAUAAUAGAAGAUACGUAAAAAAUAUUGUAUACAAGGAAACUAUUAUUUAACUUUUCAAUUAAUUUUACCUUUUUGUAUCAUGAGAGCUAUUUUAUUAAUAUAGUUCACAUUUUAAUUUUAAUUCACCGCUUUACUAUUUUUAAGAUCGUUUAAAUGAACAUUAAUAACAUGUAUGUACAUACUUAUGUUUAUAAUUGGAUAUUUUUCUGGCAUAAUGUAAAUUUAUUUAGUUUCGGAGUGCUAUUCGUAAACAUCAAUAAUAUCACAAAAUUUUUUUCAAAAUAUAUGACUGAUAUAUUAUAAAAUGUGAUAUCGAUGAGAUAUGUAUGUAAGUACGUGAGGUAUAGGGAAGACAUAAAUUUAUUUAUAAAUGAACAUACUUAAUACCAAGUGAAUCUUUUCGAAUUGAUUGUGUGAUUAUCUAAAGCGAUAUAACAUCGUUCAACUACACUAGGCUACUAUUCGUCCUCCGUAUUGUUUUUUUGCCAAACGCUAUGUUUAGUUUUGACACUUUUCUCUAUCCAAUGGUCAUUUUGAUGAAAUCUCAUCAAUAUUCAAUAUAAUGAGUUAUUUUUAUAACAUGUCUCUUUUUAUAUCAAACAAAACUUUGUCAUCAAAAAUUUAUCUGAAAAACUUUUGUUUAAAAAAUUUAAUGUUAAAUAAAACUAUU